AUUGGGAAAAGAGAGGGGGAAAAAAAAAAGAAAAGAAAAGAAAAGAAAGUAAAAAAAAAAAAAAAAAGGAAUUUAUCGAAUUGGAAUAAUAGUGGAUUUCACAUUGAUUCUUCACAAUCUAUCCGCGAUUCCCUUCUCGCCUUAGUUCCUUAUAAAAUUUCUAAAUUGGUUUCUCUCAUCAAUUUCAGACUCAGAUCAUCUUUGUUAUUCGCGGAAGAUCAUACCAUUAAUUAAUUUUUUUUUUUUUUUGCUUUUUUAAAAGGAAUUUUUGGGGGAUUUGAGAGGGUUUCUUUUUUUGUUUUUUGUUUUGUUUUUAGUUUUAUAAUCUUUCUCUGAAUUUUCCCGGGAGAUUUGAGGAGGUUCUUCAGCUUGAUUGGUUGGAUUUGAAAAGCAUUUGAAGGGUUUUUUUUUUAAUAUCUACUACCGAUGCCAGAUAAUCUGCAAGUUCAGAGGAAUGCUGGUCCUAACCAAUCCCCUGAUAUCUCAGAGGCGCUAUGGCGGUUAGAAAUCAGUGAUAAUCAAGAUGGAGGCGAUGCGGCUGAAUCAAGCCCUUACCCCGAUCGACCUGGGGAACCUGAUUGCUUAUAUUAUAUGAGAACUGGGUCUUGUAGCUAUGGAAGUAAUUGUCGUUUUAAUCAUCCUGUUUACGUUGCUCAGGGUGCUCUGUAUAAUGGGGAACUUCCAGAAAGAAUUGGGCAGCCCGACUGUGAGUAUUUUCUGAAGACAGGGACCUGUAAAUAUGGAGGAUCAUGUAAGUAUCAUCAUCCAAGAGAUAGGCGUGGAGCUGGGCCUGUUACAUUUAAUAUUUUAGGCCUUCCAAUGAGACAGGAAGAAAAAUCGUGCCCUUAUUAUUUGCGCACUGGAUCAUGUAAAUUUGGAGUUUCGUGCAAGUUCAAUCAUCCCCAGCCAUCACCAGUUGGAACUAUGUUACCUCAAGCUAGACCUGGUGCUUUGGGUUCUGCAGGCACUCCAUUCAUGCCUUCAUCUGGUGUGCCAUAUACUGGUGGAAUUCCUGCUUGGUCAUUACCUAGAGUACAAUAUAUGCCCGGUCCAUGUGUACAAGGCCAACAAUCUUAUGUGCCUGUCUUGGUUUCUCCUUCACAGGGUGCCAUAGCUGCUCAAGACUGGAAUACUUACGUGGGCAAUGUCAGUCCUAUUCUUCCCAAUCUUGGUUACAAUUCUGUCAAUUUGGAAGAGUCAUAUUCUAAUGGGCAGUUGGCCUUAUCAACAUCUACUCCAACACUACCUGAUCGACCUGAUCAACCAGAAUGCCGUUAUUUUAUGAACAAUGGCACCUGCAAGUAUGGAUCUGAUUGCAAAUUCCAUCAUCCAAAACAAAGAAUUGCACAAUCAGCGACAAAUGCACUCGGACUUCCUUCAAGACCCGGACAAGCUAUAUGUUCAUACUACAAUAUGUAUGGGCUCUGCAAGUAUGGCCCAAGUUGUAAAUUUGAUCACCCAUCUGCAACAUAUCCUUAUAAUUAUGGCUUCACUCUGCCUGUGCUUGAUUCAUCUUUUAUGAAGUAUCCCAGCAACAACUUCACAAUGUCUUCACACGAGACCUUGCCCCAGACGUUAUCUAAAUCUUCUGAAUGGGUUCAGAAAGCCGAUCCAUCAAACAACAAACGCCGAACUACCGAUUCAAAAAUCGUAGCAGAUGGCACAGCUGAAGAGGUGACCUCUGUUUCAUGCUCAUUACCAGGUGGUUCAGAGACUUUACAAGAUCAAUCUGGUUGAAACUUUUGCUUAUUUUGUUCAUUUUGACUCUGUUGUUUAGUAUGUUGUCAAGGAAUUACAAAUUUUCUUACUUUAUACCUCCUAUGCCCCAAUUUCACCUGUCAUAAAUGUGGAGUGGAAACAAGUUGCUUGGAGAUUUAUUUACAUGAGUAAGCUGUGGGGCAAGGGAAGGCAUUUUUUGUGUUGAAUAAAGUGCAGGUGAAAUUAAAAACAAUCCCUCCCUUUUUUUUCUUUCUUUUUUGCCGUUUACCCUUUCUCAUUUAUGAGAUGGGACUUGAAUUUAAGUUUGCAAUCGGAUGAGAUUUUGUU